AUGCUCGAGCGUUUUGUUGAGCUUGAAACUUCUAUACGGGGAACACUCAGGCUUCUUUACAAUUCACCAAAAGGAUUAACUUCAGACGAGUGGAGAGUAAUCAAAGAGCUUAUCCACAUUCUACGUCCUUUUGAAGAAGCAACUAAGGCUGUUAGUGGUGGUAAUUAUAUGGCAGCUUCUAUAGUUAUUGUUAUAGCACAGGGGCUAAUAAAUGUUUAUGAACAACUGCAGAAACAGAAUUAUACAUUGAGGGUCAAUGAUGUAAUAAAAAACAUCUUAAGUGGUAUGAAAGAAAGAGAUCGAUGGGGAAGCAUUGAAAAGAGUAAAACCUUGGCCCGUUGUACGUUUCUUGAUCCUAGAUUUAAAGAUGUUCCAUUUAAUGAAGUAUUGCAACAGACAGCCAAAACCAAAAUCAUCCAGUUAACUACAGCCAUAAUAUCAUCUAGUGGGGCUGGGUUAUCCGAGGAGCAAUCAAUUCCAAAUGAUUUAACCGAACCUAAAAAUAGUUUAUCAAUUUGGAGUACCGUAGAUACUAAUGUGGCCCAAAAGAAACCUGUUGGCACAAAUACAUCUAGGGCAAUAAUAGAAAUACAGCGGUAUUUGGAAGACUCAUUGCAACAAAGAAAUGCAGAUCCUUUGAAAAGGUGA